GAGAGAGAGGUCUGAGGGAAGAAACAUGAUGCUGAUGCAGGUUUUGGUGGUGAUCACACUGCUUGUCAGUGAUGUGGCAGGCUCAAUUCCUACCGAACACAAUGAGAAUGACCCCUUGGAGUUGCUCGAUCGAUGGAGCUUACCUCAACUAACCCAAGGACGUUGUGAUGAAAACUGGUAUUAUUAUCCUGAUGUAGACUCCUGUUAUCGGUAUUACAGUCACCAAAAGACAUGGAAAGAAGCUGAGGAGUUCUGCAAUCAACUCCCUCAUUAUGGAAAUCUGGCAACCGUGACCUCAGAUGAACACAACGCUUUCAUUUCUAGGGUGAUCAGUGCUGUGAAUAGUGGGAACCCAUGGGCGUGGAUUGGCCUGAAUGACAUAUGGCAGGAAGGGGAUUUCACAUGGAGUGAUGGAACAUGCUACAAUUAUAGAAAAUGGGGUCCCAAUGAACCCAAUAAUCAUGGCAAUGAAGACUGUACACACAUUCAUUUUUUUUCGGGUUCUGAAAAGUGGAAUGAUUUUCCCUGUGACAGGAGUCAUGGUUUUGUUUGUUCGUACAAACUGCACUGAGAUUGGAAGACUCCAGAACCAUCCUCUCAUGAUUUCAAACAGUGGAUUCAGUGCCUGAUUUCUUUG